AUGACUCGUCACCUGCCAGUCAGUUUUCCCUGGUGUACUGGCCACAGCAAUGUGAAGUCAUCAGGGACAGAAUUGAGCACAUUGACUGGAUACCCACUACCCCAGAGCCAUUGUACACUCCAACAGGUUUGGAGAUGAUGCCGCCAUACCAAACUCCUGACAAAGGCACUGUGAUUUAUCUAGGAGAAGCUAAGAAAAACUCCUGCUUUAUGGAUUCCCGAGUGAGAGGUCUCUGCCCCAUGAAGCAGAUCCUCCAUCAGAAAGGGGACAACACACUGAUCUUCGAAGCACGGUUUGAGAGUGGGAAUUUGCAGAAGGUGGUCAAAGUCAGUGAAUUUGAGUACCAGCUGACCCUGCGCACUGACCUCUACACAAGCAGACACACAGAGUGGUACUACUUCCAAGUAAGCAAUACACAGGCAGGGAUGCCGUAUCGCUUCACUAUUGUCAACUUUACCAAGCGUAACAGCUUAUAUAAAUGUGGCUUGCGGCCACUGUUGUACUCAGAAGCUGAUGCUAAGAAACACAAGGUUGGCUGGCGAAGGACUGGAAAUGAAAUCAAGUAUUACAAAAACAAUGCAGGCCAAGGUAGAUGUCAGUAUUUCUCACUCACUUGGACAUUCCAGUUCCCUCAUGACCAAGACACCUGCUACUUUGCCCACUGCUAUCCUUACACCUACUCCAACCUGCAGGAAUACUUGGUGGCCAUCUCUAAAGAUCCAGUGAAGUCCAAAUUCUGCAAGAUUCACAUCUUGUGCCAUUCACUGGCAGGAAACAUAGUGUAUGUUUUAACUAUCACCAACCCCCCAAAAAGUGGCAACAGCACAGAGAGGAAGGCUGUGAUAGUAACUGCAAGGGUGCAUCCGGGAGAAACGAACAGUUCCUGGAUAAUGAAGGGCCUUCUGGAUUACAUUCUUGGUGAUUCAGGCGAAGCUCAACUGCUGCGGGACAAUUUUAUCUUCAAAGUGGUACCCAUGUUGAAUCCAGAUGGUGUGAUUGUGGGGAAUCACCGCUGUUCUUUAACAGGUCAGGACUUGAACCGCAAAUACAGAUCUAACAUGAAGAAAUGUUAUCCUUCCAUCUGGUAUACCCGAAACAUGAUCGAAAGAGUGAUGGGGGAACAUGAUGUUUUUCUGUAUUGUGACAUCCAUGGUCACAAUAGGAAACAAAAUGUCUUCAUGUAUGGUUGUGAGGGAAAGCAGCAAGCAAAAGCACCAUAUGUGCAUCCACGUGUCUUCCCACUCUUGCUGAGCAAGAGCUGCCCAGAUAAGUUCUCAUUCCCAGACUGCCGUUUCAGAGUACGAAAGAGCAAAGAAGGCACAGGUCGAGUGGUAAUGUGGAAGAUGGGCAUCAAUAACAGCUACACCUUGGAAGCCUCUAUCUGUGGCUCUAAGUUGGGCUGCAGACAAAGCACCCAUUUUGAUAUGAAAGACUUGGAGUCAAUAGGACAGCAUUUCUGUGAUGCUCUCUUGAACUACUGUGCUCAUAACAACGAGGAACACGAGAAAGUAGUGAAACAGCAAGCAAGGGUGAACUCCAAGGUCCUGAAUUCUGAUGUCCUAGACUGGGAUUCCAGCAGCCAAACUUCUGACAGCCCAGGCUCCUGUAAUCUUGUUGCAGUCCAGCUAAAACUAGGUACUAAGACUCAAAGCACUGAAACUCAACAUAAGAUAUUUCAGGUACUUGACCAAGAGAAAAAAGUAAAAUUGCCAAUUACAGCCUCUGCCAAACAAGUAGGAGCUGAUUUCAGCUCUGAGAGUCUCACCCAUGAUGCUAAAGGUAAUCAUGAAAAGCCAUCUGUGCCACAGGAGGCGGGAAAAGGUGUGUGCCGAGAUACGAUCCUAUCCAGAAAACAAAAUUUCCAUUUAUCCAGCUCUAAUAUGGUCUCCCAGAAGAUGAAGAAACACAAUGGCAAAAGUGUCUCCAAGUCUGCAGAGGAGACAUUUCAAUAUUUAAAAGGUCAUGAUCAUAGUGCGAAGAGCAAUCCAAAAAAGGCAGAAAGGGAAAUGAAGGAGAGGCUCCCCUCAAAAAGUACAAGGCCCAAGCAAACCAGGACAGCAAGCCAAGAUGUAAAUUUUGGGAAGAGUAAAUCCUGCCAGGCACAACACACACUGCAGUUCUCUCUGCCGUUACUGCCUGAAGCAAAGAACAGACAAUGUGCUGCAAAAUAUCGGGGUGUAUUUUGGAGCCCCAGUUCUCCAGCCAAUGAAGGCACAUGAAAGUGUCAUGUAUCUGAUUUGCUUAAACAAUUCCUAAGACUUUGGCUAUGGAUUAUGACUCUACCAGCGAGACAGUAGAUACCUGCAGAAAUCUAAAUUCUUCUUGUUCUUUUUUUCCUGAAAAAUAGUUCUCACACCCUGCGUAAUGUACAGAUCAAUUUUCUCUUACCACAUGAAGGACCAGUGUAGCAGGGAGUCUCUCCUGAAUAUAAAGUAUCCUUUGUCUUAAACAAUA